AAAAAAAGUUGAAUAAAUGAAUGAACCAUAUGAUAUCCACCACUAAUAGAGCACCAACCACAAGAACAUAAUGUAUAGAUCUAAUUGAUGACGUGGACAAUGUGGGCCAAUGUCUGCAUGGUUCUAGAUAUUUUGUGCAAAAGAAUAAUUUUCUUAACCGUUAGAUUAACUUUGGUGUCACCAUCAUAACCGUUGGAUGAACUCUAUUUACCUUAAAAAAUCUUGUACAAUAUCUAUCUUAUAUUGCUUUUUUUCUUUCUUUCUUGUUUCGUUUAUUUUUCACCUUAGAAAGCAAAUAUACUUUUGGAUAUUUUUGUUAUGUGCUAAGGUUUUGGUUGGGUUUCUGAACAAAGAUUCUGAUGCUAUACACUAUAGAGUGAUUCUUGUUUUUGGAUCCAUUAUUAAGAAGGUUGGAAAAAAUGGGUCAUGUUGGAAUAACUAGUGGUGAGAAAUUGGUGAGAGUUGAAGAAGAGGAGAAGAUUAGGGAAGAAGAAGAAAGUGGAACUGAGAGUAGAGGUGGUGGUGAAAUGAAAGGUCUUUUGAGGUGGGAGAAAUUUUUGCCAAAAAUGGUUUUAAGAGUGCUUUUGGUUGAAGCUGAUGAUUGUACAAGACAGAUUAUAACAGCACUUCUCAGAAAAUGUAACUAUAAAGUUGCUGCUGUUGCUGAUGGCUUGAAGGCGUGGGAAAUAAUGAAGGGAAGACCGCGCAAUUUCGAUCUAAUACUUACAGAAGUUGAUUUGCCAUCUAUAUCUGGCUAUGCACUUCUCACAUUAAUUAUGGAGCAUGAUAUUUGCAAAAACAUACCUGUCAUAAUGAUGUCGUCUCAAGAUUCAGUUAGCACAGUAUACAAAUGCAUGUGUAGAGGUGCAGCUGACUAUCUCGUUAAACCGAUUCGAAUAAAUGAACUGAGGAAUUUGUGGCAGCAUGUUUGGAGAAGACAAUCACAGGUAACCGCAAACGCUGGCAUAAAUGGUCACCCAGAUGAAACCGAUGAACAGCAGAAAGUUGAAGCCACUGCUGAAAACAACGCUGCUGGUUAUCGUUCUAGUGGCGAAGCUGCUUGCAUUCAAAUAAAUAAGGACUUAAUUGAGAAAGGAAGUGAUGCACAGAGCUCUUGUACAAAGCCAAACAUGGAAGCUGAGAGUGGCCUGGUUGAUAACAUGCAGGAAUUUUCUCAGCCGAAAUGUGCUGAAGCAUAUCCAAGUGAAACAAAGACACAAGAUGUUGACAUUCAUUUAGGCCAGGCAUUGAUCACGCAGGACAGUCGCGCUGGAGGAUUAUGUGUGGCUAACUGCAACAAUGGAGAGUCGAACACAAAUAAUGGAAAUGAUGGUGAGGAUCAAGAGCACUUUAGGAUUGCUAGUACCAGUGGUGAGGUUCAUGACAAUCACUAUGUUGAAAUUAACUCUACUAAGGAAGCUAUUGACUUGAUUGGAGCAUUUCGUACUCAUCCGAAUUGCAGUCUCAAAAGUUCAUCAAUUGAUUGCACAGGAAAGUUUGACGAUUUUCCACAACUGGAUCUUUCUUUGAGAAGCUCUCAUCCCAGCAGCUUUGAGAAGGAGAUCACUGAAGAGAGACACACCCUUAUGCAUUCUAAUGCUUCAGCUUUCAAGCGGUAUACUAACAGGCAAUUGCCAGCUUCAGCCACAGUAGUAAUUAACUUCACUGAUCAGCAAAGAGAACAAAACACAAAUAAUGAGAACCAUAACUCAGAGAGUUCGAUACCGAGUAUGCAAAAAUGUAAUAUGUCUCUAGCAACAUCCCAAUCAAAAGAAUCUGAAUUCGCAACUUCACAUUCCCAACAAGGGCAUUCUCUCCCAAUUCCUGUAAAAGGUGUGAGGUUCAAUGAUCUAUGUAUGACCUAUGGUUCGACGCUUCCACCAGGGUUUCGUACUCAGUCUGGUCCACCAUCAAUGCCUGGUUCAGUCGUGUUUCUCGAACAAAGCUUUCAAGCAGAUGCAUUUUAUCAAUCAAAUGUUAAAGAAAAUAAUAAUUCAGAACAAAUUUACGAACCUCGUGGUCUGAAUGGAAACUGCGCUGCAAACCAAAUGGUGUACACACAGGAACACAAAUCAGAACAUGCAGAAGAUCAAAGACUUAUCUCCCCUACCACUGAUCAUAGUGUCUCCAGUAGUUUCUGUAAUAAUGGAAAUGCAAGCCAUCUUAACAGCAUUGGUUAUGGAAGUAAUUGUGGAAGUAGCAGUAAUGUCGAACAAGUUACCACUUUCAGGACAUCAGCAGUUUCAGAUGGUAAGAAUGAAGACCUCACAAACGGUGGACAUUCUCAUCGAUCUAUCCUUCGAGAAGCAGCUCUAAACAAGUUCCGCUUGAAACGAAAAGAGAGAUGUUAUGAAAAGAAGGUUCGAUACGAGAGCAGGAAGAAACUAGCAGAACAACGUCCUCGAGUUAAAGGACAAUUUGUUCGCCAAAUGAAUCCUGAUCCUCUUUCGACAGAAAAAGAUUGCUAAGAAUACUGAUCAUUAUAUUACCAAAUAUGUGACUCAUUGGAGAUGAUAGUGUGCUUUGUUAGUAUUAGUUGCUUCAAAAUUUUGUUUUCUUGACAUGUUAAAUACCAGAGCCGCUACGCCUGAUCUGUAUAUGCUUUCUAAAACCAUUUUUCUGUCUUUCCUCUAGAGCCUGAUAUCUAUAUGCAUCUAAUAAUAACUUUUGUAUACAGUUGUAAUUUUAUAGAGACUUGUCUCAUUAUUUAAUUUUUUUUUU